GCCCGGGCUACGCCUGGAUAAAAACCUCAGCAGGUGAAAUAGCGUUCCGAGUAUUUUCGGUCGGGGCGCUAAACGCGGCAUCAGACCGAGGAGUCACAGCCGGCAAUUCCAGCAAACAGCAGUAUGACCGACGCCGACACUGAUACGCAGAGCGCUCCACCUUUGACCCCUGUGGAAGACAAGCCACAAGUGGAGAGGAAAGUUUUAGCCACCUUGGUACAUGGGACAGUGAAGUGGUUCAAUGUACGCAACGGAUACGGCUUCAUAAACAGAAAUGAUACCAAGGAAGAUGUGUUUGUUCAUCAGACUGCAAUCAAGAAAAACAACCCGAGGAAGUUCCUCCGGAGUGUUGGCGACGGCGAGGUGGUCGAGUUUGAUGUGAUCGAGGCUGUCAAGGGUUCAGAAGCAGCCAACGUGACGGGUCCCGGCGGGGUGCCGGUGAAGGGUAGCCGCUACGCGCCCAACAAGCGGCGCUUCCGCCGGCGGUUCUUCCCACGUGUUGGCGACAAACCAGCAGACGGCCAGCCCCCUGACGGCGACGAGGAGGGACGCGUCGACGAUGGCAAACCCCAAGAGCAGCGCCCUAGACCUCGGCGACCGCAGCCACAGCAAAAUCAGGUUGAACCUGGUGAGCCAAAAACCUCAGGAGAUGAAACACAAAGACCACCACCACCACCACGACGUCGGUUCUGGCGACCAUACCGACGACCAUUCCGUCCACGAACUGCUUUGGCACAGCCCAAGGAGGAAGAUCAGAAGCAGGAACAGCAGGCGAAUGCACACGAGGAGCAAACAGAGUCGUCAGAAAACAACACGGAUGCCGCCGAGGUCCAGAAGCAGCAGCGUCAGUCCAGACGCCGCCGGCAGAGGAACUCUGAGUCCUCAGUCUCCAAAAACGGUACUGAGAAGUCUGCCUCGGAACCCGGCACCCCUCCCCAGACAGCCAAGGAAGACGUGAAAGUCAAAUCUCCAGAGGGCUCCCAAAAGAGCUCUCCCAAAUCACCAGAGGUGAGACGUAAAGUAAACCACCAGCCAUUAUUGAGGGUGACUACUUUUUGACUUGCAGCAGGACGCCGACACAAAUGUACCGGCACCGACGGAGUGACACUUAGGAGUGGACAGUCGAGGGACCCUCGGGACAAGGUGGGAUUUUUUUUUUUUUUUUUGUCCAGUUCCAUUCUACAUAAAUUUCAAUAGCCUCAGCAAAUUAUUGCUGACUAACUCAUUUCCCCAACUGUUUUUGAAAGAUCCACGGGUUGAAGGACUGGCCCCAUUUGAGAACGCAUGUCUCCCCUCCUUGCACCCCGCGCCCCCCCCCCCCCCCUCAACCUGCGUCACCCCCUCGAAACACCUCUGCCCCGCCCUCACCUUACUUCAUAGGCAAAGAAAGGACAUGUGUAUUUUCAUCUUUAAGGGGCAUUAA